CUGCCGCAGGGUCCACCAGCCCGCGCCGCGCGCUCUUUCUCCGACAGCUGCCAGGGAGCCCAGCUCGCCGCUCCGCGUCCUGCCCCGUCUGUCCCCUCGGGUCGCCACCCGCCGUCGCCGCGCCAUGACCACCCAGCAAAUAGUCCUGCAGGGCCCGGGACCCUGGGGCUUCCGCCUCGUGGGGGGCAAGGACUUCGAGCAGCCUCUCGCCAUUUCCCGGGUCACUCCUGGAAGCAAGGCUGCUAUAGGUAAUCUAUGCGUUGGAGAUGUAAUCACAGCCAUCGAUGGGGAAAAUACCAGCAAUAUGACGCACUUGGAAGCUCAGAACAAAAUCAAGGGCUGCACAGACAACAUGACUCUCACAGUAGCCAGAUCUGAACAGAAAAUCUGGUCUCCUCUGGUGACAGAGGAAGGGAAGCGUCACCCAUACAAGAUGAAUUUAGCCUCUGAACCCCAAGAGGCCCUCCACAUAGGAAGUGCCCACAACCGGAGUGCUGUGCCUUUUACUGCCUCACCCGCCUCCAGCUCCGCCCCCAGGAUCAUCACAAACCAGUACAACAACCCAGCUGGCCUCUACUCCUCUGAAAACAUCUCCAGCUUCAACAACGCCUUGGAGUCAAAGACAGCAGCCAGUGGGCAGGAGACGAAUGGCAGAGCCUUAGACCAUUCUCAGCUCCCAAGCGGACUCGUCAUCGACAAAGAAUCUGAAGUUUACAAGAUGCUUCAGGAGAAGCAGGAGUUAAAUGAGCCUCCGAAACAGUCCACUUCGUUCCUGGUUUUGCAGGAAAUCCUGGAGUCUGAGGAGAAAGGAGAUCCCAACAAGCCCUCAGGAUUCAGAAGUGUUAAGGCUCCGGUCACCAAAGUGGCUGCAUCAAUUGGAAAUGCCCAGAAGCUGCCCAUGUGUGACAAAUGUGGCACUGGCAUUGUCGGCGUGUUCGUGAAGCUACGGGAACGUCACCGCCACCCCGAGUGUUACGUGUGCACCGACUGUGGCACCAACCUGAAACAGAAGGGCCAUUUCUUCGUGGAGGAUCAGAUCUACUGUGAAAAGCAUGCCCGGGAGCGGGUCACUCCUCCGGAGGGCUAUGACGUGAUCACGGUGUUCCCCAAAUGAGCGGGCAGCUCUGCGCCCAGAGCUGCUCUCCACGCAGCCUCUGCUGAAUUUUGUCCUCUGAAAGCUCUGGCCUCUCUCUUCUUCCGAGUUCUCACUUAUUUUGGUUUUGUCGCUGCUCAUUCAGCAUCACGUCCCCUUUGCUAAUGACUCACGCUGGCUUUGUGAUGCCUGCUUUUAUAAUAAAUGGAAAAUGGCCUUGUUCGGUGUCCCUUUGCCAGCGUCACUGUGUCUUCUCUUUCCCUUCAUUCAUCUCUGCUGCAAGUGGACAUCAGCCAAAUUCAAACCAAACUGAAUUUAAUAUGUCUGACGAUGAUUUCAUUUUUACUCAAUAAAUUAAUAGACUUAAA